CAAAAACAUUCAAAUAAUCGUUACCCAUGAGGAGAGUCAUGAGGAAUAUUUGAAAACUACGACGCUCAAGAAGUUGCCGUGAAUGCAACAAAAGACAACAGUCCCGCCUCUAAGUUUCCCAUUGGCUCGGAGUUGCUCGUGUUUCAUUUUUGUCCAAUCAUAUUGAUCGGUUGUUUUCGGUCCUUUCCGUGAACCAAUGAGACACAAUCAGGAAGCAAGUACACACGGUUUCAGUUCUCAGAGGCAGUUGAACAAACAAAUAGUUUUGAAUUCAUAGUUAUCCUCACACAGUUUGUUUUAUAAAGUCACCACCGAUAUAUAGUUGUUUGUUAAACCAACGUUUCCAGUCUUCUAAACCCAUAUGAUCUAAUAUGGACAUAAAGGAAGUAGAAAAGUGCUGCUGUGUGGUGAAAUUGUCGGAGGCUUUAUCAGCAAAUAAACCAGUGAGCUGCAGCGGAGUUAUCGUCCACCCUCAAACCGGGACUGUGAUAUGUUCAGGUCUGCCGUUUUCACGUUUCAUUGCCGACAAAGACGUUCUCACCUCCGACACCGAGUUUAGCUUCCUACCGCCGCGAACUUUGAGUGACAAACUCAAAAUCCGUGUCUGCCUCCCACUGGACACCAGCAAGUCAACACAAUCUAGACCCAAAACAACGCGACAUCAAAAGGAGGUUUCAGCUCAGCUGCUUAUGUUGGUGAACUGCCCGGAGUUCAAACAAGCUUUCCAGGCACUUUUCCGGGAGGCUGAGCAGUGGCGUUUCCAUGGUGAUGAAGAGGAUGCUGAGCUGAUCAGGGAUGCUCACUUCCUCAGCUGGUUCGCUGUGCUCAAGACCGGUGUGGGGGUCGGGAGCAGCCCAGACUCUGGUACCAUCCCCUGGCAGAGCAGCUCACCUCUGCAGAAGGGCUCCCAUGUUGUUGCAUGUGGUUCACCCUUCGGCUCCCUCUGCCUUGACCUCUUCAUCAGCACACUCAGCAGAGGGAUCAUCAGUAACCUGGCUGGAGAGGACAACGCUGUCAUCCUCACAGAUGCCCGCUGUUUGCCAGGCACAGAGGGUGGAGGGUUGUUUCUGAUGGGCAGUGCCGACGACGUGCGUCUCAUCGGGCUCAUCGUAUCUCCAUUCGGCUGGAAGGCCAACGAGUGGAUAGGCCUCAGUCUGGUCUGCUCUGUCCACUCCAUCUUCAGGAAUAUCCUCCGCUGCUCGAACUCUCAAGAUCCACUCUGUGAUGUUUGUCUCCAUCAGGGAGAGACAGGCCUUCAAAUGAUGACCACCACAGCCCACGAGUCAAAAGCGGUUAAAUACCCUACUGUUUGCUUUGUGGAGAGCGGGGAGUUCUGGGGCUCAGGGGUAGUUGUCACCCCUCGUCUGGUUCUAACCUGCCGACAUGUUGUCAAUGGGAAGUCUACGGUCAACCUCAAGUUCCACCACAGGGACAGAGUCUAUGAUAGUGUGGGCGACGUGCUGUUUUCCACUAAAGCGUCUUCACCCUAUGAUUUGGCUUUGGUGCGGCUCAGAUCCUCCGUCCUUGAGGCUGUGGUCCCUCGAAUGGCUCAGAGCUUCAAUCCAGGUGAAUCUGUCGUUGUGGUGGGAUAUGGUGGACUGGGCCGGAGCUGUGGUCCGUCCCUGACCAGUGGCGUCCUCUCUAAAGCCGUCAGCCGUGAUAAACAGCCUGUCAUGCUUCAGACCACUUGUGCAGUACAAGCGGGGGCCAGCGGGGGCGCUGUGGUGCGGACACACACAGGAGAGCUGCUUGGUAUCGUGUCCAGCAACACAAGAGACUUGGCAGCCAAAGUGACCUACCCGCACCUCAACUUCAGCAUCCCGGUGACUGUUUUCCAGAGAUUGUUGCAGCGCUUUCACCAGACACAGGAGGUUAACGUGUUCAGGACACUGGACACAACAGAAAAACAAGUUGUACAUGUGUGGAGGCUACAGGAGGCGAGCAAACUCUAACUGAGGAUCAAAAAUCAGCUGGUUGAUUAUGAGAAAAAUCAUUUUUAGAUGAUCAAAUCUAAUUUGUGUAUCUCUUGAAACAAUAGUGGUGUUUUUAAAUAUAUAUUUCACAGAUCUUUAGGAGGGAACUAAAACAGUG